GGGGGUCGCUAACAUUUCUUUUCAGUUCCAAAACGCCAUGAGGAAUAGAGAGGAGCAAAGGUAGACACUUGAAGCCACAUUUAAACGAUUUCGGACUCCAGUAAUUAUCAAUUUCAAAGUUAUACAUUGUAAAAUAGCCCGAGCUUACGUAUCCUUUUUUAAUUUCAGAGACGUUGAACCUUGCUGAUCGUUGUGACUCUAUGGCAGUAACUAUUUUGGUUAGUUUCUCAGCUACACGCUCCGAGCACUGGUGACAUGUUCGUAAACAUUAGUAGGUUUUAGGAGUCUAAACGUGUAACUUGCCCUUUUAACCAGUUGCCGAUAAAUUAUUCCCUGCUUAUGGUUACGUUUGCAAAUUAACAUAAAUUCAACAUAAUAGUCUGUAUUUUGAAUCUAUCAAUCAUAGAUCUCGUCAUAUCAAAAGAGAUACAAACCAUCCUAAUGUUAGUGUUAUGUUUAUGUCUUGCAGCUCUAGUCUGAUGCCCUGAUGAGGUGAUGCUGCAUGUGUCUCGCUGUCCUCUGCAGAGGACACUUAUCUCUCUGCAAUGGAGGUGUCAGCGCUCCCUCUGCUCCACCAGACCUCACUCUGUACCGGGGGAGGACUCCACAGAGACACGCCUGAACCCCCUUAACAUACAGAUGCUGUCAAGGAACCUCCAUGAGCAGAUCUUUCGUGGCAUUGAACCAGAGUAUGGUGAAGAGGAUGUGGAGCGCAGCAUCAAGCAUCUGCAGAAACACAACCUGUGGGGGAAAGAGACUUCACCAUUACCUGAUGUGGAGCUGAAGCUUCCUAGAAUGUAUGGAGCCAAUAUUGACGAGCACUUCCAAGUCUUGGCCAAGAAGCAGAGUCUUCCCUAUCUUGAGGCGGCAACCAAACUGCACCAGGCAGAGCUUCCUCCCAUGCCACAGGAAUGGAGCUGGGAGGUUGGUUGGACCCGCUAUGGGUCAAAUGGAGAAAGUCAGAGGGUCGAUUUCCCAGCAGAGUCGGCGCUUGUGUUUGAUGUGGAAGUGUGCAUGACUGAGGGACAGUGUCCAACGCUGGCUGUUGCUGUGUCUCCCACUAACUGGUAAGAAAGUAGAGCAGAUUAUGUAAAGCAAGGGUGUCAAACUCAACCACUGCUAGGGCCAUAAUCUGGAUUUAAGUCUAACCUGAGGGCCCAACAGGGUCGACAUUUAACCCAAACUGUCAGCCUCCUUUUCAAAAUAUAUAUAAGUAAAUCAGCAACGAUUAUAAGUCAUUUGGAAAUUCAAAAAGUAAAAAAGGAUAUAUUUAAAAGGCAAUCUGAGAUUAUUGGAUUAGUUCAAAAGAUCAGAACACAAUAUUAAAAAUAGAAAAAUAAUGCUUUUAAAAACCAAAUACAUGAGGAGAAAGUUGAAAUCAUAAGUUUAAGAAGUUAAAAUAUGAGAUCAUUUUGAAAUCAAAAUAUGACUUCAACUUUUAAACUGGAAUCUAAAGGAUUAAUAUGACAUAAAUCUAAAUACUGAGUGGAAAAAAAUCAAAGCACAAAAUAAAAAGUCAAAUCAUGUUUGACUUGUAAUCCUGAGAUGCAAAAUUGUAAAUAUGAAUAAAACGUUAAUUAUUUUUUACCCAUAUUCUUGACUAUUUAUCAAAACUUCCUCACUCUUUACUUCCCCAGAUUUUCAUUAAUUAUUAAGGAUAUUUCAAAUAAUUGUGCUAAAGUUUACAAUAUUAUCCUGGAGGAAAUCCACAGACCUUAUACUGGUGGGCCAAUAAUAAUACAAAUAUGACAUGAUCUCGUGGGCCAGAUGUAAUUGUUCAACGGGCCAGAUUUGGCCCCCGGGCCUUGAGUUUGACACCUGUGAUCUAAAGGGAGAAAAUCGACCAGUUGUAGUUAACUGUACAUCUGAAUUGACAUGUUAUUCUGCUUUUGGUUCAGUUGUUUGCUUGCCCCUUAAAUGCUACAAAAACUGCAUAACACUAUGUUUUCAUCCACAUGAUCCAUGAAUUUUAAUGAUUCCACCAUAAAGAAUUCUCACUUGCUGUUUUAGGUACUCUUGGUGCAGUAAACGUCUGAUUGAAGAGCGGUACUCCUGGUCAAACAAGCUGACCCUAGCUGACCUCAUCCCAUUGGAGACACCUUCAAACUCUGCACGCCCGCCAGGUGGUCAGUGGAAAGAGAGGCUCAUAGUGGGCCAUAAUGUCAGCUUUGACCGGUCUUUUAUUAAAGAGCAAUACUUACUCAAGGUCAGUAGCUGUCUGUUUCUUUGCUGCAGUUUCAUAUUUUGGGAAUUUAGACUCAAAUUGUCUCUGCUUUUCUUCCCCAAGGGUUCUAAAGUUCGCUUCAUGGACACCAUGAGCCUUCACAUGGCUAUUUCUGGUCUUACUGGGUUUCAGCGCACGCUGUGGAUGGCCAGUAAACACGGAAAAAAGAUGGGUCUUCAGGAAGUGAAAGAACACAUAAGGAAAGCAAAACAGAAAAAGGAGGGCCCAGGGGUUUGUAUCUUCAAUUCACUAUAUUUUGAUUCAGUAUACUUAAAUUUGUAAAAAUUUGUGUGGCUGUCUCAAGUUGCAAUUGUCUGGAUGCUUUUAGCGAGGUUUGGUGGAGUCAUUAUCAGUGAAACUUUAAGGUUGUUUUUGUUGCUUUAUGGCUUACUUGAUGGGACAGUUUGAGAGAGUGAGAGUGACAUGUACCCAAUAAUGUUUCUGUUGGGAACCAAUCCCAGUGAGAAAAGGAUUGCAACCCCUGCACACGAAGAGCCAGCUCCACUAACUAAGCCCAACCAUCUCCCACUGAAACUUAUUUGCCAUAAUAUAUCUGCACACAGAUUGGCUCCUGGGACUGGGUGAAUAUUAGCAGUAUUAAUAAUCUGGCUGAUGUCCAUGCUCUGUAUGUGGGAGGACCACCGCUGCAGAAGGAGAUCAGAGAGACCUUUGUAAAGGGGAGCAUAGUGGACGUCAGAAACAACUUCCAGGUUAGAGGAUAUUGACAAAUUCUCAGAUUAUUUUAAAUGCAAUCAUAUUAAUACAGCUUCUUCAUGAAAUAACUGCUAAUGAGUUUGCCUCUGCUGACCUCUACAGGAGUUGAUGCAGUACUGCGCCAUGGAUGUUGAAGCCACACAUCAAGUUUUCACGGAGCAGCUACCGCUCUUCCUGGAGAGGUUAGUGGUUGGAAAAGUAAUCGAUCUGACUAAAUACCUGAUCUUGCUGCCUUCUCAGCGCUUGAUAUUGACAUUAUGUUUCCUAUCUUUUAUAAGGUGCCCUCACCCUGUGACGCUAGCAGGAAUGCUUGAGAUGGGAGUGAGCUACCUUCCUGUCAAUCAGAACUGGGUGCGUUACCUGGAAGAUUCAGACGACACUUAUGAAGAGCUGCAGAGAGAGAUGAAGAAGUCUCUGAUGGCUCUGGCGGAUGAUGCCUGCCAGCUGCUGCAGGAUGACAAGUAAGACAAUCCCCGAAAUAGCUAUGAAUUAGGGCUGGGCAAUAUGGCCUCAAAUCAAUAUCACGAUAUAUUAAGCAGUUCACCUCGAUAACGAUAAAUGGACGAUAAUCUCCACAAGCUGAUCACUUCAUUCCACAUUAACUUUGUCUACUUCAGCGAUCGCUCCAGUUGCUCCAACUUUUGACCCGUCCUCCAUCUCCUCACCUGUCUUUACCUCUUUGUUACAGACUGGAUGGGUGGCGUAAUGUCUCCGACAUAGGACAUUAUCUUAAAGGAACAUGAGACCAUAGCCUACCUACACACAUCCAACCAACUUUUAUUUAUUUAUUUUUCUGACACCAAUAUGGGCAAAAUGAUGUUGGUUAUUGUCUUAAAUUUCAAUAUCGGUAAAUUUUCAGCUUAUCGGCCAGCCCUUCUAUGAAUAUAACUGUUGCACCUUGUGUAGUCUGGGCUAAAAGUGUGUGAUGAGACAAGGUGGAUUACAAAGCAUCAUCAUAAAACAUCAUAAAAUUUAUGGAUUUUAUUUAUUUGAUUAAGAUACAAAGAAGACCCCUGGCUUUGGGAUCUUGAGUGGGGUGUGCAGGAGUUCAAGCAGAAGAAAAUAGCAGUGAGUAAGAAGAAAAAGAUGACUGAAACUUGGACUUCUACUCCUCUUCCAGAGUGGGAAGAAGGUAAGAAAUAACCAACAUUUCAUUCAAAGAGCUUAAAAAUGCAAAAAUUAAAAAGAAUAAAAAUGUUUAAAAAAAUGCUGCUGUUGUGAAAGGCGAUGUUAAAAAUGCUAACUCAUUACAUUUACAAAUCAAUGCUGCACUUCUCUUUAUGUCCAAGAUGUUAUAGAGUUUCCAUAUCAGUUUAUCUAUUUGGUCCCAGAUCCAGGUCCACCUUCUGAAGAGGAGAUGGCUGGUCCAUGCCCUGGCAGACUUGCUGUGGAGAAGCUGAAGGAAACAGUGAAUCGACUUCCUAAAAGAAGACAACAUCUGCCUGGACACCCAGAGUAAGAUCACUCUAAAGUAUUUAUCAUAGUUUCCCUUCCAUUCACUGUGGGGAGUGUACAGUGAGACUCCUACCUUCCACCCUCUGUGUCCCUUAGGUGGUAUCGUAAGCUCUGUGAGAAGAUGUCUGAAGACGACAGCUGGUCGCCUGGAGCCAGCCUCAUCAGCAUACAAAUGAAACUGACUCCAAAGCUAAUGGGUCUGACGUGGGACGGUUACCCACUGCAUUACACGGAAAAACGCGGCUGGGGUUACCUGGUACCCGGACGCAGGGAUAACCUCGUCUCUGAGGGAGAAAACAUAGGACCUGUGUGCCCUCAUAGGUGUUUAUAACACAGAGCUCUUACAACAUUCAUAACAUUUAUUUAUUUUAUUUAGCCUUUCUUUAACCAGGUUGGUCCCACUGAGAUUAGAAAUCUCUAUUACAGGGGAGACAAGCCAAGAGGGCAGCAGCAUAGUUCCUUUAACAGAUAAAGUUCACAGCACCUCAACAUUAAAACAAUCUCACAUAAAACAUUUACACACACAUGAGGUUGAUUGUAAUGAUUUCACUAUAGCUUUAAAUUCAUUUAGUGUCACAAGAGCUUGAAGGCGAAGUUCAGACUGCAGUUUGUUUCAGGUAUUAGGUGCUGAAAACCUAAAACCCUUCAUGCCCAGUUAAGUUCUUACUUUGGGGACACCUAACAGUAGAACAUCCAUAGAACAGAGAUUGUAACUUCCAUGCUUUCUUGUUAAGAGACGAGACAAAUAUGACGGGAUAUUGCCCGGAAUGGCUUUGCAAACAUAAACUUCAAAUGAAGUAGUCUAUAUUUUUACAAUUAGUGUGUUCAUUUUAGUGUGUGUGUGUGCCACUCAGAGCUAUUGAGAGGGUUUGCAGCGAGUAUUGUGAGGAGAACAGCAAAGAGCAGCCGCAGUAUCUGGACCGUGAGCCUUCAGAGGACUUCAUGCUUACCAACAGCACUGUGUGGACAAAGGUCUGUUUACUCUUACAUCACAGUAUUAUUCAAAAAUCCUUUUCCCUUUGUAAAAUUGCAUAGAAUAUUUCCUACAGCUUUAGGUUUUGCCUCGGUGUAAAACAAUGGCAUGAUCAACUAUUUGUAAAUCCAUGACUUAAGACCUUUUUAGACUUGAGCUAGCAUGAACAACACAAGCUCAUGCAGACUUGAAGGUGUAUCAUUCCUUCAUUCGAUUUUUAAAAUAAAACUAAAAAUGAAAAAACAAGAAAACAAAUUGUUUUCGAAAUCUUCGUCUGCAAAACAACAAUGAAAAAACACAUACAGGCUCAUUUUCCAAUUUCCAUUUUCGUCAGCUAAAAUGAAAAUGGGAUAAAUGGAUACAACAGUUUUACCUGAUUUAGACUUUUUUGUCUGUUGAAAGUUUCAUGACCCAGAAGGGAACCUUUGGCAUCGUGGCUGGACUCGAGAAUUAUUCAGAGCUCAUACGGCCCUUUUUUCGGAUUUCCAGCACGCUGCAGAAGGCAGGGGUGCCAAGGUGCUCUGAAAUGUCUGUCAGAAUGUUCUGUGCCCAAAACAACCUGAGAUGAAAAUGAUCUGUAUCAGACACACAGCUGGGGGCCGCCCCCUACGAAACUUUGUACAGACGAAAAAGUCUAAAUCACAUAAAACUGUCAUUAUCCACUUAUCCCAUUUUCAUUUGAGCUGAAGAAAUCGGAAAAUGAGCCGUCAUCCAUUUUCUAUUUCAGUUUUAGAGACGAAUAUUUAGAAAACAAUUCAUUUUGUCGUGCUUUUCAUUUUUGGUUUUAUUUUGAAAAUCAAAUGAAUGAAUGAUACACAGAUUGCGAUGGUUUUCUCAAUUAAUUGACAAUGGUUUAUCAAUUCAUUUUAGUUGUUAAAUAUUUAAAAAAAGUGUUGAACAUUUUGAAAAAUCCACAUUAUUUUUCAUCUGAUGUCAAGGUGGAGCAGUUAAGUACCGUUGAGGGCCUGAAUGAAGAAAAUGGAGUCGCAGCGACGAAAACUGGAGCUAGGAAGAACACGGUGAGUGAACUGUACUGUCCUGUACUGAAAUAUUGAUUUAACUGUGAUCUGCUUUCUGAUUGAUUUUGAUCCUGUAUCAACAACAGUCCCAAAGCCCAGCGAAUGUCCCAGAGAGUAAUCACUGCCAUUAUCACCAAGGAAACGGCCCCUACAAUGAUGUAGAUGUCCUAGGGUGCUGGUUCUUCAAGUUGCCUCAUAAGGUAAAGUUAGAAGAUUAAAUUUCAAACAGCACUGACAUAUUGUCCCCACACUAAGGUCAAGUUGAAUUGUGAAUCUGAAUCUGUGUGUUUCAGGAUGGAAAUCACAACAAUGUUGGCAGUCCCUUUUCCAAAGACUUCCUUUCCAAGAUGGAGGAUGGAACUCUUCAAGCAGGACGGGGUGGAGCUAGUGCUACACGUGGUCUGGAGAUUAAUAAAAUGAUGUCUUUUUGGAGGAAUGCCCAUAAACGUAUAAGGUACUAUUCCUUUGCCUCACUGGAUAGUUAAAAGCAGCUUUUUCAGUUGUAAAAAGGUGAAAAUAAAAUCAAACUCUUCGUCUUGGCAGCUCUCAGAUGGUGCUGUGGCUACGGAAAGGAGAGCUUCCCCGCACUGUCAGCAGGUUUGUCUCUUAUAUUAGCGCUUCUUUGUUUCCAUCGGUUUUAAGGUUGUGUUUAACAACCUCCCUAUCUCCACAAGACACAAAGAUUUUGAUGAGGAGGGUCAGUAUGGAGCCAUACUACCUCAGGUCAUCACUGCUGGAACGGUGACCCGAAGAGCUGUGGAGCCAACGUGGCUGACUGCCAGUAAUGCUCGGGUAAGAGGCACGGCUACAAAGAGCAAUCUGCACAUCCAGAUCACAAAUUAGAUUAAGAUCUCAGCUGCAGAUUUUGUCUUUGUGUGUUAACAGAAGGAUCGAGUCGGCAGUGAGCUGAAAGCCAUGGUGCAGGUGCCUCCAGGAUAUCACCUUGUGGGGGCAGAUGUAGACUCACAGGAGUUGUGGAUCGCUGCUGUACUGGGAGAGGCUCACUUUGCCGGCAUGCAUGGUGAGGUUCUUGAGCUUCCAUAUGAUUAAAGUGCAGUGCCAUCCUGCGGGAAGCACUGAUGCAUAUCUCACCUGUGUUCCUUGUAUGUGUCUUCUGGGUUCAGGUUGCACUGCAUUUGGCUGGAUGACCCUUCAGGGAAAGAAGAGUCAGGGCACUGACCUGCACAGCCGCACAGCAGACACUGUAGGGAUCAGCCGAGAGCACGCUAAGGUGUUCAACUAUGGACGCAUUUAUGGUGCAGGGCAACCUUUCGCUGAACGGCUGCUAAUGCAGUUCAACCACCGCCUGAGUCAGGUAGAAGCUGCCAGCAAAGCCAGGCAGAUGUACGCCUCAACAAAGGGAACACGAAGGUAGAGAGAGACGAAGAGUUGUGUGUUGUUGGGGAAAAUUUAGAGCGCUUUGUGCUGAUAUGAUCCGAGGGUUUCAUGUUUGGGUGUAAAUGUUUCAGAUUCUAUCUCUCAGAGGAAGGUGAGUGGCUGGUACAUGAGUUGGAUAUAGACGUGAAGAGAGAAGAGGAUGGGAGUGUCCCUCUGGAGGAGUUGUGGAGGAUCAGAAGACUGGCAUCAAAAAGGUGAGGGAGUUGACAUCCACAACAAUCGCUGGUAAAAUUUGGGAUUUUAUUCCGUGUGUUUCCUUGAAGCCGUACCCUCACUUGUGUCCGUUUACAUCCUGUGGCUCAUACACCCCAGCUCUAGGAGCAGAAGGUGGGAAAUAUUCGACAAACGUAUGUGGGCCGGAGGUACUGAGUCGCACAUGUUCAACAAGCUGGAAAGCAUCGCUCAUUCAGAACAGCCAGCCACUCCUGUUCUUGGCUGCAGGAUUAGCCGAGCACUGGAGCCCACAGCAGUGAAGAAUGAGGUGAGAUGAUGCUGAUCUCUCAUGCUUCAUCUCAGAUGUACAAAGCGUUUGCUAAAUAUAUUAACAUUAAAGCACACAUCCCCAAUCCACUGGUAUGCCACAUCAAGAGCUCUGUGUACCAAAAAAAAAAUUCAUCAGUUUUCCAAUUAGGAUCCCUGACUGGAUGUAGUUAUAAAAGGUUAAAAAGUCUUCUUGCUUUAAAAGUAAAAAUGUUGCCAUGUCUUUUUUUGUCAGUUUAUCACAAGCAGAAUAAACUGGGUGGUCCAGAGCUCUGCUGUUGAUUACCUACAUCUGAUGCUGGUGGCCAUGAAGUGGCUCUUUGAAGAAUACAACAUUGACGGCCGUUUCUGCAUCAGCAUCCACGACGAAGUGCGGUACCUGGUCUGCAGUGAGGACCGUUACCGAGCAGCAUUGGCGCUCCAGAUUACAAACUUGUUAACCAGGUCUGCUUUCCUCUAGCUAGCUCUUCUUUUUUUCACUUAAAAUAAAAACAAUAGACCUGACAGCUUCUCUACUGUAUGCCUCUGUCUUCUUUAGGAGUGCAUUUGCUCAUGCAUUGGGUAUGCAGGACCUCCCUCAGUCAGUGGCCUUCUUUAGUUCAGUCGACAUCGACCAGUGUCUGAGGAAGGAGGUGAAUAUGGACUGUGUCACCCCCUCUAACCCCACAGGUCUGGAACGAAAAUAUGGCCUCCCACAGGGUGAGUGUGUUCAUAAUCAACAAUCAUUUUAUAUUCACCUGUAAAGAUGGUCGAAAAUGUUUACAGUGCUCAUAAAGCCAUAUAUCUUGCAAGAAUAUUGAGUCUCUAUCCUACAUAAGAGGAUUAGGGUCACAAGAACAGAAAAGAAUAAUUAAAGGAGGGAGAUUUUUUUUAUUUCUGUUUUGAGAUUAAAGUCGAAAUCUCAAAAGUUGAAAUGAAAUGUUGAAUGGCUUAAGUUUGUCGUAGCCAUCCAUGUGCCAUUGGGUCAUCGGCUUCAGUAACGCCUGCCCCUGAGAUACAAUCUCAACAUUACAACUUUAUUCAUGAAAUUUCAUGUUUAUUUCCGUCAACUUUAAUCUUGUAACUUUGACUUUAAUCUCAAAAUUUCAAAUUAAUUCACAACAUUUCGACUUUAUUCAUGUUGACUUUAUCUCAAAAUUUUGACUUUAAUCUCGAAAUUUAAAUUUUUAAUCUUGAUUUUGACUUUAUUUACCUAAUUUCGACUUGAUUCAUGAAAUUUCAUCUUUAUUUGCGUCAACUUUAAUCUCGUAACUUCAAUUUUAAUCUCAACAUUUUUAUUUAAUUCACAAAAUUUCGACUUUAUUUAUGUCAACUUUAUCUCAAAAUUUCAAUUUUUAAUCUCAAAAUUAUGACUUUGACAUAAUUUCGAUUUUUUUAUCUCGAAAUUCCGAUUUUAAUCUCCCCCCUAUAAUUAUUUUUUUUCUCUUCAUGUGGACCUUUUCCUCUUUCAUACUGUCCAGGCCCAAUUCAAGACAAAAAGGCUGUAAAGUAAGAGCACAAAUCGAGCAGAUGUAAAACAGAAUUUUAUAAAUGAAAGCUUGAAACCCUCCUGAGUUUACAUAUUUGUUUAUUGAAGAGCAUAGGUCUUUAUCCUGUCUUAGUCUGCCACAAGACUGAAAAAUAAAGGAAAUUUAAAAACUCUUUUAUGUCAAACAACUGUACUAUCUUUAAACAAGAACUGAAGCUGCUCAAUGAAAGUCAGAGUAAAAAUCCAGAAGUAAUGUAAAAUUGAUCAGCUGAGAUUGAACCUGUUAGGAAAUGCAUGUCACAAACAAAACACAUUCACUUUAAUUCAAGUAGACUUAAAUAGGAACACAGCCAGUGUGUUAAUACUGUGUGCAAACUUUCCACAGGUGAGGCCUUGGACAUCUACCAAAUCAUUGACAUCACCAAAGGCUCUCUGAACAAGGGAAGAUGAGUUUCUAAUAUUCAAAACAGUUCAAAGUGCCAACAGGCAGUAGCUGGAGAGGGUGUGUUGUUGUUGUUGUUUCUAUCAAAUAUGAGCAGCGUCACUGUUUUCUCUUCUUUUGUUUGGGUUCUUGUGUCUCCUCUGCUUCCUGUGACUCUGGGGUCUAAAAAUAAAGAAGACGAAACACCUCAGUCGGGAGUCAUCUACUGGAAAGAGUGUGUUCAAGAGAGCUAACUGUUACCAAAUACAAUGUGGAAGAAGAGACAUUCACAGAGACGUUGAAGGCACUGAUUUACCUCGUCACUGUCACGCUCCUCUUGUAGGGCUGCGUCUAAAGUUGCAGCAUUGAUGCGGAAAUCUCUGGAGGUGCUCAGCUUCAUGUACUGCAUCAGAUUUACCUGCAAACACAGAUAAACAUGAAGCUAAAGACAGUAAGAGAAACCUGUCGGAUGACUCCAGACUGACUGUGUCUGUGCUUGCAUACAGUUACGAGCAUUUCUCACUGCACUCUGAGAAUCAUGUCCCAACAUUAACAUAUAAUACCUUUGAUUUCUUUGAGAGGGUGAUGAGGAAUUUCUCGUACUGCUCAAUGCUGAAGAUUAAGUCAGGGAUGGCUUUAGUCUCACGCUGAAGUUUAGCCUUACAGGAGAAAAAAAGGGUUUUAUUCAAUUCCUUUUCUUCUUUUCUGUAAAAAAAUAUUUGAGUAUACUAUUUUCAUGUUCUAGAUUUGUAUAAUAUUAAAAGAGAGGAAUGUUCUUACAGAG